AUGGGUAUCGUCGACAAAAUUAGCGCUAAGCUCUCUGGCCAUGACUCUGAGGAGACUCGCCAUGAAUCUACCUACGACGCAUCGAACCCAACUCAUUCUUCGGUCCAUGACCCUUCCAGAAUUCACGAAGGAACUGUAAUUGACCCAAACCCAAAUGUCGGUGCUGCUUCGCAUGCUGGUCACUCGAAGAGCUCCCACACUGGUAACACAAGCCAUAUCACCCACCCUAAUGCUGGAACUACCUCUGGCACUUCUGCUGGAGUGAUCCCUGGCUCGAAUGUCAACGAAGUUGACAACUUGGCUGCUGCUCAUGGUUCUCAUCAUGGAAACACCCACUCUACCACUGGCUCUACCGGUUUGAGCAACACUUCCGGUAGCGGGUACAGACCAUCUGGUGAUAUCGAGGCAUCCGACAAGGUCGGCAGCAGACACGAUAACACUGCGUUCGCAACUUCUGGUACCCAUGGCACCUCUGGUACUCAUGGCAUCUCUGGUACCCAUGGCACCUCUGGCGCUUACGACACUACUGGAGUAAACACCGCAGGCAGAACUCAUGAGACUUCUGGUCUCCACUCAAGCUCUGGUGCCUACGACACCACUGGAGUGAACACUGCAGGCAGAACUCAUGAGACUUCCGGUCUCCACUCAAGCUCUGGUGCUUACGACACUACUGGAGUGAACACUGCAGGCAGAACUCAUGAGACUUCCGGUCUUCACUCCAGCUCCGGUUCCCACAAUGUUGCUGGCCUCCACUCCUCUGGUGACCACACUUCAUCUGGCCACCACUCCAAGACUGGAUCAAACAAUGCAUCUGGCGUCCACAAUGAUGCCAGUGGCAAGCAAAAGUUGAACGAAUACGGUGAGCCAGUCAUCGAAAAGAACGCUGUUACCUCCGAGGUUCGUGAGCAGAAGAACAAGGGUAACACCAUGACUGCCAACCUUGCCCAAUCUGCCGACGAGUUUGACAGAAAGGCUGGCAGAAUGUUCGGUAAGGAGACUUUGACUGGCUCUGACAAGGGUGUCGGUUCUAAAGUUUUAGGCAAGAAGGAGGCCAAGGAAGAGGAGAAGGAGUACGACAAUUUGCACAGUGGAUCUGCAAAGCACACUUCUCAAACCUCUACCCACCAGACCCCAACAUCCUCUUACCACAACACUCACGGUAGUAACACUCUCGGAGCCACCUCCGGUACUACUUUCGACCGCAGAGAGGCUCCAGCUGUGUCUGGUUCUCACCCAACUACAGUUGAUGACAUCCAAACAUCCACCAGAAGUGGUGCUGAGUAUCCAACUGGUGCCACCCAUGGCUCUCAUGUUGGUACACAUGGUGCUAGUUCUGGCGUAACUGGCGCCACUCUUGGUUCCUCUCACGGUACCCACGGAGCAGGCUUCGGUACAACUGGUUCUACCCAUGGUCAAACUCACAGCACCACACACGAUGCAACUCGCUCCGGUGCUUACGGUGAGACUUAUGCUGACAAAAAGGACCACACUAUGGACUCAUCAGUUCCACUUAAGUCCACCUCUGGUGUGUCCCACAACACGCACGGUUCCAGCGCACUCGGUUCGCACAAUGAGAGCAACUACGGUACCACUUCAAGCCAAGGUUACCUGACUACUAACACCCACGGCGCCGACCACACCUCCAACACUCCACGCACUGCAGGUUUGGGCUUCACAACCGGUAACACUACCUUGGAUGAGAAGGUUGCUCGCUUGGACGUUAAGGGUCAAGAACAAGCCAAGAAUGCCUACAACAAGGGUUACCAAGAUGGUAUUCACAAUGCUCACUAA